GGGGGUCUUGGCAGCGGGCAGAGGCGCGGGCCGACGCAGCCCCCCCCCCGCGGGAAGGCGGCGGGACCCGCGGCCCCAGCGCGGAGACUGGCGCAUGCCACAGCCCGCCUCGGCCCCGCCGCCUGCCGCUGCCCGCCGCCGCCGCCGCCGCGUCUCGGCUCCCGGCCCCUUCAUGCGCGGCGGACGACAUGCCCGUUUUGUAGCCGGGGGCCCCUCCUCUCGUCCCGCAUGUUCAGGACCAAACGCUCGGUGCUCGUUCGGCGGCUUUGGCGGAGCCGUGCGCCCGGCGGUGAGGAGGAGGAGGAGGAGGCGGCGGCGGGUGAACCCGGCGCGGCGGCGGCGGCCGAGGCCCGGGCGCAUGUCUGCGGCGGCGGCGGGGGGCGCGGGUGCUGCCCGGGCAAGGCGGGCCGCGGCGGGCGGGCGUCCGCGGGCGCGGAGGCGGAAUUGAAGGCGCUGACCCACGCCGUGUUGAAGCGGUUGAAGGAACGGCAGCUGGAAGGCUUACUGCACGCCGUGGAAUCCCGCGGCGGGGCGCGGACCCCUUGCUUGCUGCUACCCGCCAAGGCCGACUCCCGGUUGGGUCAGCACUGGUACCCGUUGCCGGUGCUGCUCUGCAAGGUGUUCCGCUGGCCCGACCUCCGACACUGCUCCGAAGUGAAGCGGUUAUGUUGCUGUGAAUCCUACGGCAAGGCUCACCCCGAGCUCGUCUGCUGCAACCCGCACCACCUCAGCCGGCUCUGCGAGCUAGAGUCUCCCCCUCCACCCUACUCCAGAUAUCCAAUGGAUUUUCUCAAACCAACUGCAGAUUGUCCAGACUCUGUGCCUUCCUCCACUGAAACAGGGGGAACUAAUUGUCUAGCCCCUGGGGGGCUUUCAGAUUCCCAAGUUCUUCAGGAGCCGGGGGAUCGGUCACACUGGUGCGUGGUGGCAUACUGGGAAGAGAAGACGCGUGUGGGUCGGCUGUACUCUGUCCAAGAGCCCUCCCUGGAUAUCUUCUAUGAUCUACCUCAGGGGAAUGGUUUCUGCCUCGGACAGCUCAACUCGGACAACAAAAGCCAACUGGUGCAGAAGGUCCGCAGCAAGAUCGGCUAUGGCAUCCAGCUCACCAAGGAAGUGGACGGCGUGUGGGUGUACAACCGCAGCAGUUACCCCAUCUUUAUCAAGUCGGCCACACUGGACAACCCCGACUCCAGGACGUUGUUGGUUCACAAAGUGUUUCCAGGUUUUUCCAUCAAGGCUUUUGACUACGAGAAGGCGUACAGCUUGCAGAGACCCAACGACCAUGAGUUCAUGCAGCAACCAUGGACCGGAUUUACUGUUCAGAUCAGCUUUGUGAAAGGCUGGGGCCAGUGCUACACGAGACAGUUUAUCAGCAGUUGCCCGUGCUGGUUGGAGGUUAUUUUUAAUAACCGAUGACUCGAGACAGAGUGGACUCAUGACAUUUAUACUACUUUGCUGCUAUUAUUUCCUUCUGAGUGCUUGCUUUUCAUGCAAACUUUUUGUUUUUGUUUUGUUUUGUUUGUUGUCCCCCCCCUGCCCCGUUUUGAGAAAUAGCUUAUGGAAAGAUUUUUUUGCCUUGGGUAUUUUGAUAAAUAUAUCUAUUUUCUAAAAGUGUGAAUGACCAAUAACUCAGAAGGGCGAGAGAAGGGUGCGGGGGGAUGGAUCGCAUACGAUAAUUAUUUCACGCCUCUGAAAGGAUUAUCCUAUGUGAUCGAUGGAUUCAGAAGCCACUUGCUAUAUGUUACAGCUCCUUCUCUUGGAUAAAACAACAAGAUACCUGUAUUUUUUACGCACCACCUUCCCCUUGCCACCAGCCAUCCCCGGUGACGGUGACACCAGGUCCCCUUCCCCAGCGGUGCUAACCCCACGUUGCCGCCGAAGGAUGGUGCAAAACCUUCCCAACCAGGUCCUUAUCCACCCUUUUAAUUUUUAUUUUAUUUUUCUUGUUGCUGGGUUCACGUCUUGUCACUGUGUUCAUCCUUCCACUGCCUUUUUUCUUAUGGUCAUGGAUUGAUGCAAGGGGAGAAAACAACGGCGGAGAAACCUCGUGCAUGGCCCGUGCUUUAUAAUUUGAGCUGAGAUGUGAAGCGGCAGAAGCGUAAGCCUAAAAAACAAAACAAAACAAAACAAAACCAACAAAACAAAUGAAAAACAAAUGGGAAAACAAAAGAAAAAGUGUUCACGAUAGUUGGUCUGUUGUAACCUGCUUAGAUCAGGUUAUCCCGGUACCAUCCUAUCUGGAAAUGCAGUUGUGCUUUCAUUUCUUCUUGAAUUCAUACACGAGUAUGAUACUUUUACACUGUUCUUAGCUCAAUGAGCAUGUUUAGACCUUAACAUAAGCUAUUUUUCUAAAUAUAAAGGUUUAAAUGAACAAGAGAGCAUUCUCAUUGGAACUUUAGCAUUGUAGUGCUUUGGAAAUAAAACACACAAAAAAAGGACUCCUUAAAAAAAUCCUGAGAUUUAUUAAAGAAAAAAAUGUAUUUUAUGUUAUAUAUAAAUAUAUUAUUACUUGUAAAUAUAAAGACGUUUUAUAAGCAUCAUUAUUUAUGUAUUGUGCAAUGUGUAUAAACGAGAAAAAAAUAAGAAAGAUGCACUUUGCUUUAAUAUAAAUGCAAAUAACAAAUGCCAAAUUAAAAAAAAAAAAAAAAAAGAACACGAGAUUGGUGUUUUUUUCUAUGGGUGUUAUCAUCCAGAUGAAUGUUUUUUCUAAAGGAGUUUAUGUUCCAUUAAAAAAUAAAAACGUACACUUGA